AUGGAUGAAAAGAGAGAGCCUCACGAGGAGGGUAGUGGUGCGGGGGCUGUUCCUAACAGCGCCCGUGUGGUCGGCUGUGGCUGGAAACAGAUCCACCGGAGCCCUGCAAUUAGAAGAACCAAGAUCACCAUCAAACUGGGAGCCCACGACGUCAGUGAGGAAGACGACAGCCAGCAAGUGAUCCACGUGCACCGGCAGAUCCUCCACCCAAACAAGAUCACCAUCAAACUGGGAGCCCACGACGUCAGUGAGGAAGACGACAGCCAGCAAGUGAUCCACGUGCACCGGCAGAUCCUCCACCCAAAGUACAACGGGAACACCUAUAAAAAUGACAUCAUGCUGCUGCAGGAACCGCCCCCCUCCCAUAGCCACGCCCCCAGUGAGAUCAUCGGGGGAAAGGAGGCCCGGCCCCACUCCAGGCCCUACAUGGCCUUUCUGGAAAUACAAGAUGGAGAGGAGACUUUUGGCUGCGGUGGGUACCUGGUGGCGAAGGACUUUGUGCUGACGGCCGCUCACUGCCAGGGAGACAACAUCACUGUCACCCUGGGAGCCCAUGACAUCAGCCAACAGGAGGAGAGCCAGCAAGUGAUCCCCGUGCAAUGCCAGAUCCCCCACACGCAGUACAACAAUCAAACUCGCAGUAAUGACAUCAUGCUGCUAAAGCUGCGUCACAAGGCCGAGCUGACUCCGGCUGUGAAAGUCAUCGCCCUUCCCCGGUGGAAGAUAAGGAAGCCGGCUAAAUGUAGCAUUGCUGGCUGGGGCAAGAUCAGUAACGAGAAGAACUCCACGAGCUCGCCGACCCUGCAGGAGGUGGAGCUGAAGAUCAUGGAGAACGGUGCGUGUCAACAGUCCCGCUAUCGGAACUUCAACCCAUCCAGCAUGCUGUGCGUGGGGGACCCCACGGAGGAGAAGGCCUCCUUCCAGGGUGACUCCAGGGGCCCCCUGGUGUGUGACGGGAAGCCCCAGGGCAUCGUCUCCUAUGGCAGAAAAGAUGGGUCAGCCCCCCAGGUGUUCACCAAAGUCUCCAAAUAUGUUCCCUGGAUCAAGAAAAUGCUGCACAGGCUGAGGCUUUAG